CUGAAUUGGGAAUAUCUGGAACUCAAAAUAUCUUGCAGCUGGCCGGAAUUGGAAAUAUAUGGAACUCCGAAUAUGUUGACAGGCGGAACUCCGAAUAUCGUGCAGGCCGGCGGAACUCAAAAUAUCUUGUCAGCUGGUGGAAUUGAAAAUAACAAUAGCAUUAGGCUACUACUGCCUAUAUCGUACCUAUAUUUUGAGUUUUCUGUGGAGAACGAAUGGCUCAAGUUAAUGAAGCUAAUGAAAUAUCAAAAACCUACCAAAAAUAAAAAUGCCAUUUAUGUCUGCCUGUCACCACAUAGAAAGCUUUCCGAAAGACACAACUCCUUGGUGAACCUAUUGUACUGCAUCAUAAAAGCGGAAGAAGGAGGUGAAAUCAACUUGCCGACUGUUUAGCUGUGGUAAAAGCUAUCAAAUCCAUGAAUCCAGGAACCUAUUCAAUUCUCAAGAACAUCUCUGUCAUAAUGUGGUCGGACCCGUUCACCAAGGAAGGUCGCAGUAAUCAAAGCAUUCAUUUUACUCCUAUUAUCAAGUAAUUGAAAAGCUUUGAGGAUCGAAAUAAUUUCUUGAAAUAUGUUAACUAUUUCAUGAUUCAAUGUGAUUUCUUGACUAUUGACAUUUUAAAUUAUGGGACAUCAUGCAAUUUUAGGCAUUUGCCUGAUGCAAAUGGUUGAGCAUUGCCCAUAUAUUGUGAUGAAGAAAAAUUUGUUUCAAAUCACUUCAAUGAAUAUUAAGAUUCAAGCAUUCUGAUUAUACAGAUUCAAGCAUGGGAAGCGGACAAAUUCUGACAUUUUACAACAUUUUACAGGCACAUAGAAGACUGGCUUAUGAUGGCGAAAGACUUUUGAAGGCGGUUACCUUGAUUGGGAUCAUAUCUAUUAAACCUUCGAAUCCUGCACUCAAAAGUAAAUGUGAUACCAUUCAAAUGGAAUAAGAUUGAUUUGAAUUGGAAUUUGUUAUUCCUGUAUCAUAGUGCAUUUUUCUACUAGUUACCCUACGUAUUGUACAUUAUUGUAAUAAAGCACUAGCUGUUCCAUAGUAGAAGUCUUUGAAAUAAAAGGUUUCUUUUUCAAGUUA